ACGUAGAAGAAGAGAAAUAGUAGCCGAAGAAGAAGAAACACAACAAGCAUGGCAGGAAAUCUAAGCAACACUGCUGCUCCAAUAACAAGCUGUCUCCCUAAACUACAGUCUUUGAAUGGAUUGUUUGCGAUUCAUAAGAAGAAAGGGCCCACGUCUGCGGAUGUUUUAAACACGCUGAAGGAAACUUUAUUAAAAGAGGCUGGUGUAAAAAAUCCCAACCCGAGGAAGAGGAAGCAGCAGAGCCUGAAGAUGGGUCAUGGAGGGACGCUGGACAGCUCAGCCAGCGGGGUGUUAGUUGUUGGUAUUGGAAAUGGCACAAAGAUGCUCACCUCAAUGCUGGCUGGCUCUAAGAAAUAUGUCGCUGUGGGAGAACUGGGGAAAGCCACAGACACUCUUGAUGCCAGUGGCAGUGUGACUCAGGAGAAAGACUUCAUACAAUCUGUCUCCACAGAACACAUCACCAGGUCUGACUUUGAGGAGAAGCUGAAAGAUUUCACUGGAGAAAUCAUGCAGGUUCCUCCACUCUACUCUGCUCUGAAGAAAGACGGCCAGCGUCUGUCCGUGAUGCUGAUGAAAGGACAGAAAGUUGAGGCCAAACCAGCGAGACCGGUGACCGUGUACAACCUGACUCUGCAGGACUUCAGUCCUCCUCACUUCACUCUUGAUAUCGAGUGUGGUGGUGGAUUUUAUGUCAGAAGUCUGGUGGAUGAUCUUGGAAAAGCUCUCUCGUCGUGCGCUCAUGUGAAGGAACUGUCCCGGACCAAGCAGGGUCAGUUCACCCUGGAGGAGCACGCCUUACGAGAGGAGCAGUGGACACUUGAGCACAUCAUGCGAACUUUGCAGCCGUGCCCUGAGACCAAGCCAAGUGGGAAUUGUAAGAAACGACCAAACAAUGACUCUAAGAAUAGAAAAACACCAGAAAAUGACUGUAAGAAUGCAGAACAACCAGAGGAUAAUGGUAAGGAGCCACAGGAGGCUGGCUGUAAUAAACCACCAGAGACUGACAGUGCAGGAUCAAACUGCAUCCAAAAGUGAGAGAGAUGCGCUGGAGCUCGUCAGCUCUUCUAGUAAAGCGAAUGUUUGAGUUUGUUAUUGAGAAAUUUAAGUAAACAAGUAUCAACAAUAAUCUAAAGCAUGGCUGUUUGGAAGCUCAGCGGAGCUCUGUAAUGACUUUAUGUUGAAAUCUUGAUUUCUGGUACACAUAGUAGAGGUCCCUGUUUCUGUCUUCUGCUGUUUAAGUUUGUAAAUGUUUCAUUUUGUGGAAAUAACAGACCCUCUCCAACCUGUA